AGCAAUGAUCUAAAGCAUUUCCAAUCAUUUAUUAAACAGGUUUUAAAAUGAAAUAUCUUGCAUCACGAUACUUCAUCAGCGUUACCAUAGACACGUGAUCAACACUUUCAAACUUUACAGUCGUUACUUGUUCCCGAUGUUAUUUGUUCACGGAAUCCAGCCACAAUGACUGCCCUGUACAGACUAGUUCUUAUAUGCAUCUUCAUUGAAAGGGCCUUUACGGCUAAUAUUGAUGAAUCAUGCGCAAACAAUGAUGCAUGUACUGUUUCGAAUUCAAAAUGUGUGAAAGACUACUCAAAUUGUGACAACGGAAAGUGUCGAUGCAACAGUGGUUUCACAUCGAACACCGCGAAAACAUCGUGCUUGACAAACAAGGAGUUAGACGAAGCUUGCUCUGCAACCACGCAUUGUUUGUAUGGAGCUGAAUGUAACAGCCAAUCUAACCUGUGCAAGUGUCCGUCCGGACAAACGUACAGCAGCAUGUUGAAAAUGUGUGUCAUAACUGGUUUAAAGGCUAUUACUGAGGAAUGUUCGGCAGACACCGAGUGUUAUGGCUACACCAGCUCUAACAGCAAGGUUGAGUGUGUUGUGGCAUCCGGCUCAUCGUCGAGUACAAAGUACUGCACUUGUAAAGCCGGUUAUAUCACAGAAAACAAAAUGUGCAGAGUUCCGCAUGCAACUGAAGCUUGUACAACAGCUGUAGGAUGCACUAAACAUGUUGACCUCGGUAGCAACCAAGGACAGGAGGCAGAGACCUGUGUCAGUAGUGUUUGUACAUGUCCAAGCACAUCCGAUAAAGUUUCAAGGGAGUAUAGCGGUACAACAUACACACUUUGUUACACAAAAUACACAUCAAAGAAGGCGUCAGGAAUUACAUGCACACAAAGUAACCAGUGUUCGUCGCUUUUCUGUGACUCGUGUCCUGGAGAGACAGCAAAGAAAUGUUUGGUGCUAGCAUCGAGCAAUACAGCAGUGGCAGUCACAAGUUCCAUGGCGGUACUCGUCUUUGCAGUUGGUAUCACUCGCUAUAUGUUUUAAAUGCAGCAAUGAUCGAAACAAAGUGGGCUGAAAUUUGUUUCAGGCUGAUAUUCUAAGAAAGUACAUCGACAUGAGACUGCUAUCCUCGAGAUUGAUUUAUCAAAAUUUACAUGUGUUCCUAUAAAACUUUUAUACAAUAUGAAAAUAUGCUUAAAUUAGACAACUUGAAGCAAAGUUUUGGAAAUAUUGGUGAAAGAUUAUCAUAACAUUUUAUUAUAUACCCGUAAGUUAAGAUUUAUAACACGUCAGAAAACUAUGAAAUACGAAUGUUUUUUUCUCUCAGAUGUUAUUAUGCAAAAUGGUUGUCUGGUUGUUACAAACGGUCACACCAAAUUCGAAGUGUAUUUUUAAACCAUUCUGAAAACAAAAUUUCGUAUGCAUUUCUUAAAUAAGAAAACAAAAAAUGUAAUAAGAAGCUACUGCAUAAUUUAAAAAAAAUCACAAAUAAAAAACAACUAAAUGAUAAUUUGAGGUGUAAUUUGGAUUAACCGAUGGAUAAAAAUACAUUUUUUUUAAAAAGUGCAAUAUUUGACAAAGCAAAAUGCUAAACAUAUUAAACAUUAGAGGCCCAUAAAGUCCAACAAUUAACAAUUAUGUUAACUCAUUUCUGGAAAUUUUAAUGGUAUUUUUAUUAUUAGCGUUAUUUUACAAUUUCCGACACAGAACCUGUUGCCCAUAUAACUGAAUUAUAUUUUUGCUUUUAGGCUUUUAGUGAAGUUAUAAUAGUUUUUUUGUACGGAAAUUAAAAGUACCAGUUAGUUUACGUUUGUUUGCGUAUUUCUACAUUAAUGGCAUUUUUUCGCAUUUUCGCUACUUUCUGCACGUAGAACACGUAUUAGUUGCAAUAAAAUAUUAUUAAACUUAUACAGGUACAUGUACAUGGAUUUGAAGAUUGUCGUGUAUUAAAACAUUAUAUAAAACGCCUUCUCUUCAGAAGAAAUAUUUUAAUAAUUUCUCAGGCUUAAUGUGCCUUUAGGAAAAUCUUUUAUUAAAUAUAUCCAUCUUUAUACGACAUUUACAUUUAUACAAAUCAGCCAUUUAAAACCUAUUCUGAAAGCAUUUACGUAAUUUCAUGACAUAUUCCCAAAAUUUAAGAUAUUGAUUAUUAAAAUUAACUUAACUUUCAGACAUGUAUCUACAUUCAAAGAAUUAUCUGCAGUUUAAUCAUGUUGUUUAUAAAUAACCCCUUUAAAUUUAAAAAUACGUAUUUAAUGGUCGCUUGCUUGCCAUUUGUAUUUUUGCUUAUUUUUAUAUUUUUACAGAUAGUUAUUCUUAUGACACACAAUGUACUCAAAACGUUGUAGUAGUAUAUAUCAGGAGACGGUUAUAUGAAGUAAUUAUGCUUAUUGUUUGACAAUAUUGACCUGCUACUCAUUAACCGUAAUUUAUUAUGAUUUACGCUUAGGAGUGUAAUGAUAGUAUAGAUCUCGAUAUUAAAUCAAUUAAUAAUGCUCGGUGGCCUAGUGCUAAGGACGACGAAGUUGUAACCUAGUUGUCGCAAGUCCGAAUCUUGGACAAAUCCUUUUUGUAGUUCCAUUUAUUUCUUAUAAUUAUAAGAAACGCGAGUUGAUAAAUCGUGUGUUUCAUUUCUUUUUAUUUCAUAAUUUUAAUUAAUUUAUUACAAUAUGUGCGACUUUACAUACUAUUUUAAGUGAUUUGCAUGCACAGCACAUAAUGGUCAAGUUUUGCAAAAUAUAAAAGAAUUAAUACAAGAAAAAAAGACACUUGAUCCGAACCUACAGUCUUCAAUUUGAAACCAAGUGAAAGGUAAAUUCUACUUUAUACAUAAUACCGUCCUACCAUACAUUAAAAUCAGUAUGGCUUAUUCGGAAUCUUUUAAUUGCCGAGACAAAAGUCCUUAAAUAUUAAAAUGUCUUCUGUCAAUAUUGUCAAACAAUACUGUACAUUUUCUAGGCCUUUCGUGCGUGACCCGAUCUUCAGAAGAAGUGUUAAACUAAUCUACAGUCAACAAAUACAGUGUAUAUUAUCAGAAUUAGUGAUUAUUACAUUUAUGUAUAUCAUAUGACCGUCUCUUUAUGUCAAAUUGUGUUGAUAUAUUGAUAAUGAAGCGAUGAACUUUGCUGAUAUAUAAAAAAUCUGUAUCACCAUAAUAUGACAGCAAUGUUGUAAUAAAUGUGAAAACAAAA